GGGUCAAACCCAGGCACAGCCGAUAUGUCCGCCUCAGAAGCCCCAGAUAUAGCAAGUCCACAGACAGGCAAUAUGUCAAGUGUGUCAAAGCGAGGAACAUCAGCAGAGAUGGAGAGUUCCAGGCCAGCAUCAGCAAGGUCAAGGACAAAUGUGAGCGUGUCAUCUGUGGAUGGAAGGUCAAAAUCAAAAGGGAGUGUGUCAUCUGUGGAUAGAUCACUGCAGGACAAGUCCGAGCUUAACUUUACUGACUUCACCAAAAUGAACCCGAAGGAUUAUGGGAUUGAGUUUAACGAAGAGGAGAUGCUUUAUGAACCCCCAGUACGUGAUGAAACGUUACCAGAUUUACAUCGUCUCCUGGAGUCGUUGGAAGAUGGGGACACAGAACUUGAGGCUCGUCGGGCACCUCCAUCACUCUUCACGCGUCCAGAGCACAAGACGACGUACAAGAAAAUCUCGGAGCUGAGGACGGAGAUUGAGCAGGAUGAGAUCGACCCGUACGUACAGGAAUUUGAGGAUGGCAUUCGCGAUGACGUGCUCAUGGUCGGCAGCAUCCGAUUGGAGGAUAUUCAGGAGGAGGAGCGUCGACUGCGCGAUGAGCAUGUGUCAUAUCAGGAGCAGGAGGCAGAGCUAGCAAGAGUGCGACAACAACGCCUGUUGCUGAGGGAGGAAGAGACUAAGCAGAGAGUGGCCAAGUUUGUAAAGGAACGUCGCCUGGAUAUAGCCAGAAGAGAGGAGUUAUUGAAGCAGAAAGAGAGACUUUUACUGGAGCACCUAAACAAAGCAUUUAGCCAGGCACAAGAUCAGAUGGUUGGGACUUUGGAGGCUAGGAAGGCUGAGGUCAAGACUUUGUAUGGAGAUCUGACAGUGUCUGACGGUGUGUAUGGAGGAAGUAGGGGGCGCCGCUGGAAGCUGGACUGGGAUCGUGCACCACAACCUGUUCAGGUCAAGGUCAAAUGUCUUAGAGGCGUUAAAGACAAAUUACCUGCUGGACGCUAUGUCCUCACCGCCUCGCUUUACAACCGUUUGGGAGGUCAUGUGAUGCGGUGGUCAAAGUUGAAGGGUCAACUUUGGUCAGGGGCCACUCUGCCACUUUUCCAUGAGGGAAACUUCUCAAACGUUGAGAUGAAGGUUGACCAAAAUGUGUUUACAGUUCUUCCCUCCAAACCGUCGCUGCGUCCAGGCAUGGCACUGGUCUUUGAACUUUUCCUGCUACGUGGCUCCGUUGUGCAGACAGACCGCGUUGUAGCCUGGGGGGCGUUCCCCAUCUGUGACGGGCAGUUUGAAGUCAUCCAGGGAAAGUACAAAUGUGCGUUGUUGCGAGGAGAAGUUGACCCAAACAUCCAGACAUAUGAGAUGAUGGAAAGGCUAAUGAAUUCUGAGCUGGACCAUUGGCUGUGUAACCUGUACUUUGAGAUCAUCAGGCUUCCCAGGUAUAUGGGAGGCCAGAAAGAGUAUGAAGUAGAGCUUCAUUUCUCAUCAGCACUGACCAGCUUCCCUGACCGCAUCAAGAUUGGAUGGGAAGAGUAUAAAGAUGGUGAGAAACCAGAGUUAACCGGUUCACAGAGCGGCCUUAGUGCUCCAGGACCCAGUACCAGCAACUCCAGUAUUAGUGUGCAUAGCAGCUCCUCAGGGACUGCCCCAGCCAAGUCUGAGGCUUCCACCAGGAAAGUCAAACUCUCAGAGAAGAGGACAGAUCCCUUAGGCCAGAUAGCCAAAGCCCCAACAUUCAACUCUCGACUCUGGCACAAGGACAAGAAACUGAAACUUGAGGACAGCUCUGAAGAGAGCGAUAUAGACGAAGAGUACAGCAGGGUGGUUGAGCGGGAGCGUGAGUUCAAACCUGUGUCUGGCACACCUGGCAUGUACUAUAAGAAACACCUGUACAGCCCUCAGGAUCGGUACUACCGGGACCUGUACUCCAUGUUACCCAAGAGCGGCGUCCUUGACAAGAAAAAGAAAAAACGACCCUUGACCCACGUGGAGGAGCUGGAACAACACUCGCUGUCCGUGCAGCCUGCGUUCUCUGGCAAGGGCCGUGUAGCGGAGCCUGGUCGUGAGAAGCUGACAUACCUAAGUCGUCAGUUCCUGGCGGAGACAGGCCUGUCUCAGUGGAGGAGCAGCGAGUUCUGGGGGAUGAUUGUCAUCUUCACUCUCAUCUUCUUCAUCAGGAUGUACCUUCAUUACAUCGCUCAGUGGGGCUUCCUCCAUGCCAUUGCUAUCCCUGUUAACAACUUUGAGUUCCGCGCAUACACUGUCAACCUAAACUACCAGAGUUCCCUGUUGUCCACGGGACAGGAAAUCGGCUCGUUUGUUCUCGGACCACUGGCAAACAUCGUGGUUCUCUGCUUUCUCGUGAUUCUGGCUUGGCUGCUGCCCAAGAUGUUUGGCUUCUUUCCGGACAUUUUCUCAAAGUUUGUUCUGGGCUACGGCAUAAUGACCUUCUUUGACCCUCUUCUGAUUGUCAUUGUGGACUUGACCUUGUUCCUGUCCAUUUACCCAUUACAGCGUUUACCUCAACCUUGAGGCACAGAGGCCGUGGCUGAUUUCGCUAAGCUCUGGUGGCACUUUGAGCGGUCGCAGGGCUCUGGUAUUUCAGGGGUAUUCAUCACAGUCUUCCUGUACGUCUUCACAGCCUUUAUGUCCGCUUCUAUCCUCUACAUGUACUUCCUGCGUCUCCACAACAAUGGCCGUUUGUUGGACAUUUUCUGGCGUCUGCAUGGAGCCGAGGAUCAGUUUUUCAUUCCGUAUGAUCUUGAGGUGUCAAACUAUGAGCUAAAUUAUGUGACAAAGAAAGCAGAGCAGUGGCGGGGCGAGGAAGGAGAGAGACGAAAGACAGCAGUAUAUGAUUACAUCUGGGAGGAGCAAGAGGACAUAGAGAAUGCCUGGAGUCGGAAGGGCCAGGCACCAUCACCCACAGACAACCGAGAUUUGAAAAGGGAGAUAACCACCCACGUGUCGAUCCACACAGUACACCUGGAUGGGUUACGAGAACUGUACCGACACUUCCUGAGGCUGCCAGAUGGCGCAAUUGUAGAGGUGUUUGGAGAGAUAAGCAUACCUGGAGUAGACAAGAGCAUCAAGGCUGCUGUAGAGAGUGGCUCUAAAGGCCUGGAGAAACUUCUUGCUGUUCAGGGUAAAAAAGACCACCAGAGAAGGAUCAAGAGUGCGGUGUCUUCCUCCAGCAUGUCCAGUAGUAAAGGAUCCAGUGAUUCCAAGACUGCGUCCACAGCCUCUCUAAAGAAAACCGAUUAAACAGGCUUUUUCACAGAUUUAACUGUUCUCCAGUUUUAUGCCAAAACUGGUUAGAUUAACAUCUAUAUUUCAAAGUUCCUGUUUUUGUUUUGUUCAGAGGACUUCUUAUAUCAUGUUAUAUAAGCUAGAAUGACAAUAAUUGAAAUGUGGCUUAAUUCACUAAAAAAAAAUUCACUAAAAAUGCGCCAAAAAUAAAUUAUGAAAUUAAAUUUUAUAGGUUUGAGGUCAUGCUUGUAGGAUGAGAUAAAAUGCAAUGAUUAGCAGUAAGCAGGCUAACUUGCACAUGCUAUGUAAGAAUCAAUAUUUCUGUUGUGGAUCUGGUGAUGUGAUACCUGGCCCUGGAACACUAUCUUCUUUGUAUACAUAUACUGUGAUCGCUAAUGACCAGUAUACUGUUAGUUACAUGGUUACUCUGCGAGAGGAUAAGCAAAUAUAUUUGAUGGAGAGAGUAUUGAUUUUUUUUCUAAGAUAUACAUAUAGAUAAGAUAUAUAUACAUAUACAUAUAAAAUAAGUAUAUUGUUCAGAUAUCGUUCUACUAUGUAAUGCUUAUAGGCCAUCUUCACAUGUAUAAACAUAUUUUGCUUUUCCAAAGAUUUUUUUUUUCUAUACUUUUCAUAUCAAAAACACAUAUUUAAACUAAGGCAUUGUACUUGCCUUUGCGUUGUUAAUGUAUAUUCAAGUACAUGUAUAUUUUCAAGUAUUCAUCUUAUUUUGUUUUUUUUAUAACUUGUUUUUUA